GUUUCUGCUUCAGUAUCAGACAUCUCCUUCCUCUCACACUCUCACACUCUCUCUGCUCUGGACCUGGACUCUUUUAAGGGAGCCUGAAGGACUUUCCUCUUUUAACGGACUCUAAAGGGACCUUUUGCGCCGAGCUGGAUUACCUCUUGUUGGGACUUUAUUCCUGGGAUUUAAACAAGCAUCCUCUCGCGCUGGGGACGUGUCUUUCUAUCCUGGAUUUUGUGGAUUAUUUUACCGAGUUCAACAUGACUCUGGAAGAGGUCAUCGGUUCCAACAGCACCGAGAAAAAGAUGGAGACGGUGAGUCAGGCCCUGGAGGAGCUGCUGGUCGCGGCUCAGCGGCAGGACUGCCUCACGGUGGGGGUCUACGAGUCCGCCAAACUCAUGAAUGUAGACCCGGACAGCGUCGUCCUGUGCGUCCUCGCCACCGAUGAGGAGGAUGAAGGCGACAUCGCGCUGCAGAUCCACUUCACGCUGCUGCAGGCCUUCUGCUGCGACAACGACAUCAACAUCCUGCGCGUGUCCGGCCUGCGGCGGCUCGCCCCGCUGCUCGGGGGGGAGCCCGACACCGGGGACAGCACCGGCACCGAGCCCCGGGACAUGCACUGCAUCCUGGUCACUAACCCUCCGGUGCAGCCGCUGCAGUCCCCGGCGCUGCAGAACAUCAGCAGCUUCUGCGAGGAGAGCCGCUGCAGGAACCAGUGGGUGCCCUGGCUGGACAUGCAGGACCGCUGAGCCCGGGCCGAACCGAGCCGAGCCAGACCGCUAUAUACGCAGCGGUGAGAAAAGAGUGCAAAACAGUCCAAUAAACAGCCGCGCUUCUGCUUCUGCUGAAGACCGAUAACGGCGUUUGAGUGGACAAGAGGGGACCGGAAACCGGGCCUUCCUGCUGCUGCCUGAUCGGGAGCGGUUGAUUGAUUUGGGGGGCGGGGGGCAGACGGGGUGAGAUGCCGGUACCGGGACCAGAAGGGGUUCUGCAGGCCGGCGGACAGCGCCGGCGGGAAGCAGAGAGACUUUGUGAAUGAACUGCAGGUGAUCUGCUCACCUGGGCGACGUCACAGGACGCGCGGAGUCUGGGGAUGUUUCUAGACUGAUCCAGAAGGACCUGGUCGUUUCACAGUCUGAGUUUUUAUUUAAAAUGUCGUGAAUUUGUUUUCUGAUCUGCGUCCGCAGAUAAACGUGUUGUGUUUUAGGGACAACCGAGUUAGGCUACACACUGAAGUAUUUAAAGGACCAGAGUAUGUUUUAAUAUAUGAACUGUGAAUCUGCCUGUUUUAUUUAACCUGAUGAAUAAAUUAUUGAAGGAGAAA